AUGCAAUUACCUGUCGUUCUGGCUGAAACCCAAAUGGAUCCAGAAGAAUUGGAGCAUUUUUCUGAAAAUGCUCAUUUUAAAGUAUACAAAGAAUCAAUGAAAGACGAUGAUAUGGAUGAAUGUGAUAGUAGUACAGUUUUAAAACAACAACAACCUCAUAAGAAAACUUGUAACGAUGAAUUUGAUGAUAAAUCAAAUUUUACAACUGAAAUAGAAGAAAAUCAUCAUGACGGAGAAAAUGGAACUAUUGAACAUGAAGAUUUAGAAUUAGAUAAUGUCGAGGAAGAAGAAGAUAUUUCUCAACCUGACAUAACCGUGUCCACUGUGGAAUCUCAAUUAUGUACACCAUUAAAAUGUCCAUAUUGUGACGAUGAAUUCGUUCACUUAAGUCAAUUACAAAUUCAUGCUGCCCAAUUUCAUGAAAAUCAAGCCGAAAUUAUUAAUUGUACACAUUGUAAUGCAACAUUUACAAAUAAGGAUGAUCUUCAACAUCAUUUAUCGAGCCAUAUUGCUAGCCAAGUUGCAUGUCGAUUAUGUCAGAAAAUGUUUGCGAAUAUUUAUCGUUUACAGCGUCAUAUGCUUAGUCAUGAAAUUGAUCCACAAACAAGAAAAUUCAAAUGUAUGCAUUGCUCCAAAGCAUUUAAAUUUAAACAUCAUUUAAAAGAACAUGUGAGAAUACACACUGGAGAAAAACCAUUUGUAUGCGGUAAUUGUGGAAAACGAUUCUCACACUCUGGCUCAUAUUCAAGUCACAUGACAUCAAAAAAAUGUUAUUCAUAUCAAACAAUGGCUAGUACUGCUGCUACACAAAAUUCAGCCGCUAUUUUAAAUGCAAGAUGGCCUUCAACUUUGGCUGCCGCAUUAGCAGCAGCUGCCGCAAAUGGAAAUCUUCCUCUACCACCGCCAGCAUUUUUAGCGGCGUUUCCGAAUUCAUACAUUCCAAAAUUUUCUCAGCAGCAGCAACAACAACAAGUAAUUCAGCAUUCCAGACUUGAUUCAUUGACAAAAUCGAAUAAUAAUAAUAACAAUAACAUAGAUUAUCAAAGGUUAAAUGGGCAUUUAUUUCCAGUAUCAUCUUCAGCAUCGCCAAAUAACGAUCGAACACAGAAGAAACGACGACAUUCUGAUUCAAAAUCACCUUCACCGUCGACAUCACAAUGGACACAUUUAUCAGCAUCAACACCAAAUACUAGUGCCAAUACAAGUCCGCCUGCUAAUAAUAAUAUGCAUCAAUCAAAUGAGCAUCCAUCAGCCUCAUCUUCACAUGGUAAUAAUAGCACGAAUAACAUUAAUAUAGAAAUAGAAGCUGGUGAAAUUUUGUCAACAACUACAAGUCCUAACACAAUUUAUGAGAGAAAAAGAAAAAGUCACCUACCACUAACAUCUGAAUGUGAGUCAAAUCGAUUAUCAACGGUUGCUGCAACAAACGGUCAUUCAUCUACUUCAUCAACAUCAACAACUUCAACGACCUCUUCGCCAUCAUUCCACAAUUUUUUGCCAGAUAAACAACAAAUAAAUAUGUUACGUGCCCAUUAUGCUUUAAAUCCAAAUCCAAAUUCAAAUGAAUUGCAUGAAAUAUCCAAACGUGUAGGUUUAAGUGAGCAACAUGUUCAACAUUGGUUUAAUAUAUUAUGUACAUCCUAUGCAGCUAAUGUUAAUAAUCAUCGAAAUACUAGUAAUAAUAACUACCUCAAAUCAUUACCAACAGCAACAACGUCAUCGUCUUACAUUCCUCUCUCUCUUCCCACUUUACCAACGCCACAUCAACAAUCUCAGCCAUUACCGUCUCCAUUUAUUCCAUUAGCGUAUUAUCAUUUGAGAGCAUCAUUAUUAGCGGCAGCCAAUGCACAAACAUUCUCACCUACUGUUUCAUCAUCCUAUUCAUUAACAAAAGCCCAACAACCACCACCGCAACGAGAACAAACCGAACCGUUAGAUUUAACUGUUAGAAAACAAAUUACACGAUCAUCUUCGACAUCAUCGUGUUUAACUCACACAAAAACUAACAGUAAUUCAUUAUUUUCAAAGACAAAUGAAAUGAUGAAUGUUAAAACAAACCAUAAAAUAAAUGCUGAACAAUUUGCUGCAUUGCAUAUGUCUGGUGCACUUCAAAAUCAUUCAACGAAUGACUCUAACAACGAAUUACCGUUCAAAUGGUUUGAUAGUAGUGCAAGCAAUGGAAACAAACUUGAAUGGAUUAAGCGCGAAUCAUCUAGUCCAGACAGUGUGAAUUAUUCAUCUGACGGUUUAUCAAACGAUGGAUCGUCAAUAUGUGGUGGCGAUGGUGGACAAUCGCUGUCAUCUCGAAAAAGAAAAUCAUGGAAAAAUCAUAUGACUGGUGAUAUGUAUGCAUGUGAUCUAUGCGAUAAAAUGUUUAGUAAACAAAGUUCAUUAGCCAGACAUAAAUAUGAACAUUCCGGAGUUCGACCAUUUAUUUGCGAUGUAUGUCAGAAAGCUUUCAAACACAAACAUCAUUUAGCUGAACAUCGGCGAUUACAUACUGGUGAAAAACCGUUUCAAUGUUCAAAAUGUUUCAAACGAUUUAGUCAUUCAGGCUCAUACAGCCAGCACAUGAAUCAUCGUUAUAAAUACUGUCGUCCUUAUCAAAUUGAAGCAACAUUAGAGAAAUCUGAUUCAAAAAAUAUUAAUCUGUCCAACACCGUCAACGAUGAUGAAUAUACAUUGGCAACAACAAUGUCUGAUUUUUCCAAUCACCAUCCUGAUAAUAAUAAUACAAAUAAUAGUUAA